GAAAAAGCAAUUAAUUUAACCCGCAUAACCUACUGUUCCUCUGGUUCAUAUUUUCACUCCCGCCGGUUCAUUCCAGACUACGUCGUCGUUUCAAGGUUUGCUAUUAGCAGUCAGUUAAAACCUUCACGGUUCACCUGGUUUCUACAUUCACUCUCGCUGGAUUAAGGAUUUAAAAAUGUUGUCGGAAGGAAACGAAAAGGAGGAGGUAAAGACGUUUGAAGGUUUGGGGAUAUGCAAGGAAUUGGUGGUGGCUUGUGAUAAAUUGGGUUGGAAAAACCCUUCAAAAAUUCAGGCCGAAGCUAUUCCUUAUGCACUUGAAGGGAAAGACUUGAUUGGACUUGCUCAAACGGGUUCUGGCAAAACUGGUGCUUUUGUUCUACCCAUAUUGCAAGCCCUUUUAGAAGCUCAACGACCAUUUUUUGCUUGCGUAUUGUCACCAACAAGGGAGCUUGCGAUUCAAAUUUCCGAACAGUUUGAAGCUUUAGGGUCUGAAAUCGGUGUUAAAUGUGCAGUGCUUGUUGGAGGGAUAGACAUGGGGCAACAGGCAAUUAAACUUGCAAAGCGGCCGCACAUUAUUGUUGCUACACCUGGACGCCUUGUGGAUCAUUUAAAAAAUACGAAGGGUUUUUCUCUUCGUACACUGAAAUUUCUGGUUUUAGAUGAGGCAGACAGAUUGCUUAAUGUGGACUUUGAGAAAUCACUUGAUGAAAUUCUGAAUGUGAUCCCCCGUGAGCGAAAAACAUAUUUAUUUUCUGCUACUAUGACCAAAAAGGUCCGAAAACUUCAAAGGGCUUGUCUAAGGAACCCUGUGAAGAUUGAAGCAGCAUCAAAAUAUUCUACAGUUAACACACUGAAGCAACAGUAUUGGUUUAUGGCUUCUAUGUAUAAGGAUUGUCAUCUAGUUUAUUUGCUGACUGAAAUGAUUGGAUGUACAACGAUGGUUUUCACCUCCACAUGUGAUAAAACACGCUUUCUGGCUAUCACUCUUCGAAAACUAGGCUUUAGGGCGAUCCCAAUUAAUGGUCAAAUGAGCCAGGCAAAGAGGCUUGGAGCCUUAAAUAUGUUCAAGGCUGGAGAGUGUAAUAUACUUAUAUGCACUGAUGUGGCAAGUAGAGGGCUGGAUAUUCCAUCCGUGGAUGUGGUUAUUAAUUAUGAUAUCCCUUUUGAGUCCAAGGAUUAUAUACAUCGAGUGGGAAGAACUGCUCGGGCAGGAAGAUCCGGGUUUGCAGUCUCCCUAUUGGAUCAGUAUCAGUUGGAGUGGUAUUUACUGAUUGAGCAGCUUAUUGGCAAGAAGUUAAGUGGAUAUCCUGCUCAGGAGGAGGAAGUUCUUCUAUUACAUGAGCGUGUCGAGGAAGCAAAAAGAUUGUCCACUAUUGAAAUUAAAGAGAAAGGGGGCAGGAAGAGGAGGGCUGAUGGAGGAGAUGAUGAUGAUGAUGAUGGAGAUAUUUACAGUUUCAGGAAGGUAAAGUCGUCCAAGAAGUCAAGGAGAAGAUGAUAUUGGCUGCUCUGAUGCAACAAUUUUGGAGUUUUGUUAUUUUUUAGUUACUAUUUAUUUAUUUAUUUAUUUUUCUUAGUUUCUUAAGUUGGAAUUUGUUGUAAAUAUCAGUUUGGCUUGCUAUGUUAGCUCCCUCGUGAAGCCAAAGAAAAGAGCAUAUGUUGAACACCACUGGGAAAACACACGAAAAUUGACAUUUAUAAAAUCUGUAUAGUUGAUAUUUGACACUAUUGAAAUGUGCAUAGUUUAAUAAAUGAGCAUAGUUUAGUAUU